CCCAAUGUCCAAGCGGCAGGCAAUGCGGAAGUAGAUUUUCUAAACAUUUCCUAAACAGUGCUGCUGUCCAGCAGAGGAGAGUCGGCCGAUCAGCCUCGAGGCUGCAACAGAGCUGCUUUCCUUCAGAGAAACAGCGAUCCGGGUGUCCUGGGACAGGGGAUGAUGCUGUCGGCAGGCAAUGGGGUCCCCAGCUUCACUCCUCGGGUGGUGUUGGAGCUGGCCUCAGACACCAAAGAGGAGGCCAUCACGUGGUUGCUGAGCCGGAUACGGGACACGCAGUACAAUGGAGGAACGGAGCUGCUGGUGGAGCAGCUGGGCCCCGGGGCCGACGCUCAGGAGAAGGAAAACCCCAACAUGUUCCUGGUGGGGGCCACGUGGCAGAGGCUGCUGUCUGGCGCUGAGGACUUGGGCCUCUUCAAGGAGUUUAACGAUGGGUCCAUGAGGGCCUUCACCUGCGCCAACAAAUACAACUUCAAAGACUUUAAAGGGGACGGAGACUCCUUCCUCAGCACGGCCGAGUGUCAGUACAUCAUCAAACACGAGCUGGACACACUGCGCGCCAAAGACGAGACUCACGUCCCCGGACUCAGCCGGGUCAAGCUCUACCCCGGGAAGUCAGUCAUACGCAGACUGCUGUCCAAGGGGAUCCUGAUCCAAGUGUUUCCUCUGCACGAAAAGGAGGAACUCAAGAGGCUGUCGUUCGCUUGGUACAAAAAGGUCAAGCUGUCCUUUCAGCCUCUCGAGGACAUCCGGCACUACUACGGCGAGGGUCAGGCGCUCUACUUUGGCUUCCUGGAGUACUUCACCUUUGCCCUGGUGCCCAUGGCUCUCAUCGGGGUUCCUUACUACCUGUUUGACUGGGAGGACUACGACAAAUACGUCAUCUUUGCUUCUUUCAACCUGGUCUGGUGCACCGUCAUCCUGGAGUUAUGGAAGCGCUGCAGCUCCUCGCUAGCUUACCGCUGGGGCACGCUGAGCAGGAAGAAAGCCUUCGAGGAACCGCGGCCCGGCUUCCACGGCGUCCUCGGGUUCAACCCCGUGACGGGCCGCCAGGAGCCGCUGUACCCGAACGCCAAGAGGCAGCUGCGCGUCUACCUGGUGUCGCUGCCCUUCGUCCUGCUCUGCCUCUACCUGUCCCUCUACGUCAUGAUGAUCUACUUCCUGAUGGAGGGAUGGGCGCUGUCGGUCCACGACGCGGAGCCCACCUUCUGGACGGGAAUACUGUGUUUCAUCCCCAGUGUUCUCUACGCCGUGGUCAUAGAGAUCAUGAACCUCAUCUACAGAUACGCUGCUGAGUUCCUCACGGAGUGGGAAAACCACCGGCUGGAGUCUUCAUACCAGAACCACCUGGUUCUCAAAGUAUUGGUGUUCAACUUCUUCAACUGUUUUGCCUCGCUGUUCUACAUCGCCUUCGUCAUGCAGGACAUGGUGCUGCUCCGACAGAGUCUGGCCACGUUGCUGAUCACCAGUCAGAUCUUGAACCAGCUCAUGGAGGCCUUCCUGCCCUACUGGCUCCAGAGGAGACGCAACAAGAAGAUGGUCCGCAAAAUCCACAAGGGGAAAACCCUGGAGGACCAAGAGCUUCCUCUGGCCAAUCAGGUCCGGCUGGAGGCCGACAUGAGCACCUACUUGGGAACCUUUGACGACUACCUGGAGCUCUUCCUGCUGUUUGGCUACGUCAGCCUGUUCUCCUGCGUCUACCCGCUGGCCGCCGUCCUGGUGGUGUUGAACAACAUCACGGAGGUUUACUCCGACGCCUUCAAGAUGUGCCGCGUGUUCAAACGGCCCUUCUCGGACCCGGCAGCCAACAUAGGAGUCUGGCAGCUCGCCUUCGAGGCCAUGAGCGUCAUCGCCGUCGUCACCAACUGCUCGCUGAUAGGCAUGUCUCCCCAAGUCAAGGCCUACUUCCCCGACUCAGACAUGCAGCUCAUACUGUGGACGGUGGCUAUUGAGCAUGGGCUGCUGGCCUUCAAGUUCAUCCUGACCUUCCUCAUCCCUGAUGUCCCCAAACACAUCCAGAUCAAUCUCUCCCGUCUGGAGUUUGAAUCCCGGGAGGCCCUCAAGAAAAAGAGAGCGCUCCGUGGAGGAAAAUCCUGGAAGCCUCGGAGGUCACCAAGGCCGCCCAGUGAGGAAGAGGAGGAGGAAGGGGGGGGGAGGGCCGACGCACGCUGAUGGGCCGCCUUCACACAGCUGCACGGGGUUUACGCACUCACAUGUAUGUAUUAUGUAUGAAUGGUGGGGGGGAGUAUUUACACAGGGUCCUGCUGCUUUAUUUGCAAUAUUUCCACAGCACGGCGACUGAUUGGGGGGCAAAUGGUUUAAGUCACAUUAACUCUGGACCUACAGAGAUGUAUUGAGAUGAGGACAAACGGUGGGAUAAGCAGGUUUAAAUCACAGAUGAAUGCUGUAUCAUGACUCAUGCAGCGAGUAUUGAGUCUAUAUCUAUUUUCUUUGUGUUAUAUGUGUUCUGUUGAGGUUGUUGUGUUGGUGUUGAGUUGAAUCACUACGGACGUUUGAGAUUAUGCAAAUGUUUGUUUGUCAAAUGUUUGUUUGUCCGCCUACAUUUAGGAUUACUAAUGAGUGAACCAGGCUGCACAGCAGCAAACCAAAGCCUUCAUUUAACGGCCCUCUGGCUGAAAUGUUUGUUACUGUCAACAUGUGACCGUCUUUAGUUGCGCACUCCAGGUAAAGCAGAAAAAAGUUUGAAUCUUCUACUCAAACACCUUAUUGCUAAAUGUAACACCAGCUGAAUACAUCUGUGGUGCUGAAAUGUUGAAUACAAUAUUUUACUUUGAAAAGCAUUUCACUCAUGUGGUCAGAAUUCGGCCCUGUGACCUUUUCAUUGGGUCAUUUUUGGAACACUUAGUUACCAAAAUCAGAAUCAGCAAUUUAAGCUUGAAUGGCUACAAAGAAGCAGUGAAAUACCUUCAGUGGAUAUUUAAAUGUAGGUUUUUUGCUAG